AAUCCAAAGCGGGUAAAGAAACGCUGACAAUAAGAAUUCUGGCACUGAGGAAUGUUUUGUUGGAAGUUUUUCUGUGAUACUCCACUGAGUCUCUUUAAAUCCUCUCUAGUGGUGAAGGAAAGCUACAACUGAAAGGGUUUUUUUUUUGGGGUGGGGGAGCAAUUGGAGGAUCUUGUGGCCCUGAUUCAUCUGGUGUUCUCAUAACUGCUUAAAAUCUGAACGGCAUAUCAAAGUACCAUGGAGAAAUUCAGGGCAGGUAUGGUUCUGGGUGGUGCAGGCGAUGCACUGGGCUUCAGAAAAGGCCACUGGGAAAGUUGCACAUCAGGCAGAAAGAUCCAAGAAGAACUGGCAUCCCUGGGCGGUGUGAGAGUACUAAAACUGGACCCCGAUAAUUGGCCUCUCAGUGACGCAACAUUAAUGCACAUGACCACAGCAGAGGCACUUAUUACAGAUUACUGGUGUCUGGAGGAUCUUUACCGUGAGCUGGUGCGUCUCUAUGUCGAAGCCAUGGUGUCUCUCCAGGGUAGAAACCCUGAUCCGGCUACAGUGGAAGGCUGUGUUCACCUCAAACCUCAUAAUUUUCUCCUUGCUUGGCACACGCCCUUCAAUGAAAAAGGGUCAGGGUUCGGGGCAGCUGCCAAGGCCAUGUGCGUGGGUAUGAGAUAUUGGCAACCUGAGAGACUAGACAGCCUAGUAGAGGUCAGCAUUGAAACUGGCAGGAUGACCCACAAUCAUCCCACAGGUUUCCUGGGUUCCCUGACAACAGCCCUGUUUGCAUCCUAUGCAAUCCAGGGAAAACCACUUGGGGCCUGGGGCUGUGAGCUUAUGAAGGUUAUCCCUCGGGCUGAAGAGUACUGUAGGAAGACUAUUCGGCAUAUGGCAGAAUAUCAAGAAAACUGGUUCUACUUUGAGGCUAAGUGGCAAUUUUACUUGGAAGAAAGGGCACUAGACAAAGAAGGUCACAAUAAACCAUUGUUUGAUCAUCACUAUGAUGCUGACGACACAGAUAAGGUAUACAAGCGAUGGAGUUCAGAAGGCCGUGCAGGACGGAGGGGCCAUGAUGCCCCCAUGAUAGCCUAUGAUGCCCUUCUGAUCGCAGGAAAUGACUGGGCUGAACUAUGCAAAAGAGCCAUGUUUCAUGGAGGGGAGAGUGAAGCCACGGGUCUAAUUGCUGGUUGCCUGUAUGGCCUUAUGUACGGUCUAAGCCAAGUUCCCUCAAGCCUGUACCAGGAUUUAGACAAAAGGGAGCGCUUGGAGGAACUGGGAGAGGCGCUUUACAAAGCAGCAUCAGCAGAGAAGUGCAUAGACAAGUAAAACUGCACUUCACAAGCCGAAUGGCUAUCAAAAGAACUGCACGACCCAAAGACCCCCCACCCCUCCACUGUCCUGUAGUCCUGGCAGAUUCUUGCUAGUGUAACAUAUCCUUUCUUCACCCUAUCUUUCAAUUCCCCCUGAUUUUCCUAUCUAUAAACCACCGAUCUGAUACAAAUCACAAAAAAACAUGAAAGGUUUGACUAUUGGGUUGUCAACACUUGUCCAAAGAACUAAUCUGCAUCAAUAAAGUAUAUCUCAUAUUACAUAAAAUGGUUUGUAACAUGUAUGGCUUGGAUUGGGUUAUAUUGCUGUGGCAAGAAGUAAACCUUGGCAACUUUGAACUAAAAUCUAGCCAUUUAAGCAUAACCUCAAACUCAAAUCCCCUUUAAAUGCUAACCUUUAAUUAAGACCACUGAAAGUGCCAUUUUCUCUACAUCAAUUAUGACGUUCCACAGCAAGAUGCAUUUUUAAUCUUGUUAUUACCUUGUAGAUAUUACAUCAUUAAUAUUAUGUCUAAAAGCUGUGAAUGACAUCUACAUUUGAGAUGAAUUGAUCC